AUGUCUCCCAGCCAAGAUACACCUCCCUCGGAGCACACCCCCAACAACCCCUCCACUUCAUACUGGGAAAUCACGCCCAUCCCCGGCAAAGGCCAAGGGGUCCUCGCAACACAAGUCAUCCCCCCCGGAACCCUCCUCUUCGCCGAAAAACCGCUCCUCACAACCGAAACCCUCACCUCCGCCUCCAGCACCGAAAAGCAACUCGCGCAACUCCUACGGAGCCUCCCCAAAGAAUCUCAACGGGCCUACCUCUCUCUCCACAACAAUUAUCCCGGCCAAGGCUCCCCCCUCACAAACAUCAUCCGCUCAAACGCCUAUCCCCUCGGCCCCAACUCCCCCAUCGGCGGCAUCUUCAAAAACAUUUCCCGCAUCAACCAUUCCUGCCUGCCCACCACCCAACACUCCUGGAACCCCAAACGCCAGGAAUUCCUCGUGCACGCCGUGCGAGAAAUCCAACCCGGAGAAGAAAUCACCACAUCCUAUCACGUGGGCGGGCCCUCCUCCGAACGCAAAGCCGAAUUAAAAGAAUUCUUCAAAUUCGACUGUACAUGUACACUCUGCAGCCUUCCCCCUUCGGAGCUCAAAAAAUCCGACGCGCGACUCAUCCGCGCCGCAGCGCUAGACCAAGCAAUCGGCCACGCGGAAACGGUGACGAAAAACCCCGAAAAAGUACUCAGGACGUGUAGAGCUCUGGAGAAAAUUUAUCGGGAGGAAGGAAUUAGAGAUCAGAGGAUUGGGAGGGUCUAUUGGGAUGCGUUCCAGAUUUGUAAUUGUCAUGGGGAUUUAGCCCGCGCGAGCGCGUUUGCGAGGAAGUAUAGAGAGAGUAAGAUUCUGGGAGAGGGAGAGGAUAGUGAGGGCGCGGUGGAAGCGUUGGUUUUUAUGGAGGAUCCGAGGAAGGAUGAUAGUUGUGGGGAGUCGAAGAGGUGGGAGAGUAGGGUGGAGGAUAUUCCGAUGGGGGUGAGUGAGGAGGAGUUGGAGAAGUGGUUGUGGAGAGAGUAG